CCAUGGAAAACAAAACUGCUGUGACUGAAUUUCUUCUUUUAGGACUUUCUGAUCACCCAACGAUCCAAGUUUUCUUUUUCCUGUUUUUUUCAUCAAUCUACUUAAUAACCUUAGUAGGAAAUAUGGUCAUCAUAUUGGUAAUAAGGGCUGAUCCUCAGUUACACACUCCAAUGUAUUUCUUUCUCAUUAAUUUAUCCUUCCUUGACAUCUGCUAUUCUUCUGUAACAGUUCCCAAAAUGCUACAGAAUCUCCUGGCUACUAAAAAGACAAUUUCUCUCUGUGGUUGCAUAGCUCAGGUCUUUUUCUUUAUUUUCAUGUUUGGAACAGAGAUCUUCCUACUUUCAGCAAUGGCGUAUGACCGUUAUGCUGCUAUAUGCCACCCACUGAGAUACAGCACCAUUAUCAACCACCGCUUAUGCAUCCAAAUGGUACUGACUGCAUGGCUGUCAGGUUUCCUGGAUUCCUCUGUCAAUACUCUUUUUUUAACUAACUUAUAUUUCUGUGGUCCCAGUAACAUUAAUCAUUUCAGCUGUGAGUUACCUCUGCUAUUGCAGCUGUCUUGUACUAGUACUUUUGCCAAUGAAAUGGUCAUUCUUAUCUUUAGCAUGCCAUUAGGAUUUGCUGCCCUUCUCCUAAUUAUAGCUUCCUAUGUACAUAUUGUAGGCUCCAUUGUCAAGAGAAAUUCUGCAAAAGAAAGGCAGAAGUUAUUCUCUACUUGUGCUUCCCAUCUCACAGUAGUUUUCUUGUUUUGUGGGACUGCUUUGAUUAGAUACAUGAAACCUGCAUCUGGCUACUCAGACACCAUGGACAAGCUAGUGUCAAUCCAGUACAGUAUCCUAACCCCCAUGUUAAACCCCAUUAUAUACAGUCUGAAAAACAAAGAUGUAAAAAAUGCUCUAAAGAAGCUUUUUAGAAAGUGAUUUCAAAAAGGCCCUUGAACUUACCGAAUUUUGAGAUUUCCUUGAUGAAAAAAGAGAAUGUAUUAAGGCAGAAAUAGCAAGACUGGCGACCAUGAUAUGGCAGGCCUCAUUAAAUUACUAGCUGCACUUGUCACUUUCUCCUACAAUUUUAUCCACUCCCUUUAAAUUAUGGGAUGGGAUUCAACCUGUUUGGAAGGGCUUGCACUUCUAGGGCUUUCAUCUCUUCACUUACAGUUUUUGACUUCAACCAAACAAUAGUGAUAUUCAAGCAGAUCCCACUUGAUAUAGAAUAUCAUAUUCAUUAAGGCCAUAUGUGUUAAGAAUUCAUGGCUGAUAGUUUAAGAUAAUCUUGAUUCAAUUGUAUUUCUUAUGGAGCUGGAUGUACUGAGUCAGAGAAGGGUGCCCCCAGAGCUCCGCUAUGUUCACCUUG